AUGUCCGUCCAACUAAUUGAGCUCGCUUCACUGUCUUCUGCUCUAACCUCUUCCCUGCUUCUCACUAAAUCCGGCGAUUGCUCAAACUUUUGCUCUCGAGCCAAGCCCUGUAAAGAAGCUGCAUUGAAUUCAGAGAGAUGUAAAAGCUUUGGGAGAUGGCGUUGGUGGUUGGUUGGAGACGGAAGUUCCAUUCACAUACAAAUAUACAAUAUCAGGCGAGAAGAUAGCAGCAACAUCCGAACCGGAAAAAAUGAUGAAUGCCUUUUUAGCACACUUCCAAGGAGUGUUCACACUUGA